AUGAAAAACAGCGGUGGUAGGCAGGCCGGGUCCAUCAGCGCCGCGUUCCUUCUCAAGGAAUUCGUGGAUGGCGCGGCCUGGGCCCACCUCGACAUCGCAGGCACCUCAACUUCGGAAAAGGCCUCUGGCUACUUGGUCAAGGGCGCCACUGGCACACCAGCCCGCACACUGGCGCAAUUGGCCGUUAACCUGGCCGAUGGACGUGCAUAG